AUGGAAAAUCGACAUCCUGGUAAAAAAUGGUUUUGUACGAAUAUGGUUUUGAAACUGCAUCUUAAUGGUCAAAAUGACUCCUCAAAGUCUUUCCUCAGCUUGUUCUUAUAUUCAUCAAAACCAACUGGAAGCAUAUUUGAUAUAAAAUUCAAAUUGGGUAUUUCAAGUUCCCAAGUGGAUAAGGAUUUCAUGGGUCCACUAUUCACAUUGACAAGCGAAGAAAUGAAAAAUAAUUCAGGAUAUGGUCUCAAUAAGUUGAUCGCACAUGAAGUUUUGUUUGAAAAAUAUUUUUCCCCAUUUGAUUAUGAAAAGGAAAUUAACGCAAGAAUCGCCAUCGUUUGUGAGAUUUCAUUGGUCUGCAAAAAACAGUUAGAACAUGGAAAGAGACUUGAGAAUGGAGGAAACAUUGAACAAGACAUAGAGUCAAAUGAUAUAAAUAAUUGCUACGAAAAAAUGUUUGAAAGCAAACUUUUUACUGACUUCGAGAUUAAAUGCAACGAUGAAGAAUCUUUAUACGUUCAUCGAGUGAUUUUAGCUGCGAAAUCUCCCGUUUUUAUGGCAAUGAUGACAAAUGACAUGGAGGAAGCUGCUGAAAACUGUGUGACUUUACAUGAUGUCGAUUCUGUCACCAUGAAAGAACUUUUGAGAUAUAUUUACUGUGAAACUGUCGAAAACAUUGAUGCAAUGGCUCCAAAACUGAUAUACGAAGCUGAAAAAUAUCAUCUUGACAACUUAAAAAUGAUGUGCAAGAAUUCACUCAUUUCAAAUCUUUCGAUCGACAACGUUUUGGACAAUUUAAUAAUCGCAAGCAGACUAAGCUGUGUCAAAGAUCUGUUUGAAAAAUGUGUUGAUGUUAUUUUAACGAAAUUCCAAUUCUCUUCAUCAUUGGAAUUAUCGGAGAAACUUCCACCUGAUGUAUGCAAUAAAUAUUGUCACGAACUGAUGCAGCGUUUGAACACCAUUUACAUUUAG